UGGAGCGGGCGGAGCGGGCGCUGGGCCAUGGGGAGCCACAGGCCGCCCAGCCCGAAGGCGGCCGCCCAGCCCCAGCGGCAGCGCCCCGGCCUCAGCCCACAGACCGAGGAAGAGGAGCCCCAGGCCGUGCAGUCUCAGGUCCUGCCUGCUGAGCCCGCAGACAGCACAGCGGGAAAAGCCUGGCAUGUGGGUGUUGUUUCAAACAGCUUGAUCAAGUUCCACAAUUUCCAAAAACGGAAAAGAAGCAAGGCUAGGGCCGUAGCCCCCAUGACCAAGAAGCCGGAAGAAACUGGGGAGGAAUACUGUGGCUUGAGCUGUAUAGGUGUUACCUAUUGCCAGCGUUUUAAUAACAUCCACUGCUUACUGUUUUUCGUCUACAUGCUGAUGCUGUCUCAGGGUAUUGUGUUUGCUCUUAUGGAUGUGAGCGUUGACACAUUUCAGAGGGGCAGUGGUCUGAAAACCAUUGAGAGUAUGUUGUUGUCAUCGAGUUAUGAUAUUUCAUCUUGCCUGGUAGUAUUGUUUAUAGCACACUAUGGAGGGAGAGGAAACAUUCUACGUUGGCUUUCAGUUUCCUCCUUUUUAGUAGGAUUUGGAUCACUUUUACUUGCUUAUCCAUACUUCAGGGGUCAAGAUUAUCAAUUGAAAAUAGAAACUGAAGGCUUAAUGGAAGCUUCAGUAACAAUUGGAUAUGCUUUCGGUCAUGCGAUAGUAGCACCAUUGGUUACCACCCCAGAGAGUAGUAUUAUUGAAAGAGUUGAUACCGGUUUUUUUAAUAAAUACUGGUUCGGUACUUGGUGGAUUCGCUUUGUUUUUGUCACAGUUAUAGCAUGGUCUACAUUAAUAGGAUUUUCAUGCUUUCCACGGCAUAUAAAAGGUAUAUCAAGGAUAAAAUCUGGGAAACACCGAAAGCCUAAUUUAAUGGACAAAAAGUAUAAAGAUCAGGAAUUUGGAACUAGUAUCGGUGAUUUAUUUGCUUCUAUUUGGAUUCUGUUAAAGACUCCAAUGUUUGUAUGUCUAGCUAUGACCAAAGCUUCAGAAUCUUUACUUCAAAUUGGAGCUAUUCAAUAUUUGCCUAAAUAUUUGGAAAAUCAGUUUGUAUUAACACCUAGUCAGGCAACUACACUUUCAGGACUUGUUUUACUUCCAGGAGGUGCUUUUGGCCAGGUUCUGGGAGGUGUCAUUGCUUCCAAGUUACAUAUGUACUGCAAAGGCCUUAUGAGGUUUACAAUGAUUACAUCUGCUAUGUCACUUGUACUGGUUAUGCUUGCAAUUUUUGUACACUGUGAUCCAAUACCAUUUGCUGGGAUCAGUGAAGAUUAUAACGGAACAGGGAAGUUGGGAAACCUGGCAGCUCCUUGCAAUUCUCAUUGUAGAUGCUCAUCUUCAUUUUAUCUUGCUAUAUGUGGAAGAGAUAAUAUUGCAUAUUUUUCUCCUUGCUUUGCAGGCUGUAAUCAAUCUAAAACAUUUCAAAAUGAAAAGACAUAUUUCAAUUGUUCUUGCAUUGAUGAAGGAAUAACAAUAUCAGAUGAGCAAGGUGAUUUUAUUGAUGCCAGACUUGGGAAAUGUAAAUCAGAUUGCUAUAAAUUACCUAUGUUCAUUGUUUUUUUCUUUUCAAUGAUUGUAUUUGCUGGUUUCUCUGGUAUACCAAACAUGUUGAUCAUCCUUCGGAUUGUAGCUGAGAAACAACGUUCUCUAGCGAUGGGUUUGACCUAUGUGUUUUUGAGAGUAUUUGGGACUAUACCUGGACCAAUAGUUUUUAAAAUGGUAGGAGAAACUUCUUGUACCUUUCGGGAUAGUGGACAGUGUGAAGGCACAGGAAGUUGUUGGAUCUAUGACGGAAUAAAAAUGGCCUACCUAUUUUUAGGAAUAUGUGUUCUUGGCAAACUAUCCACCAUCGUCUUCACUGGUAUUGCAUUUGUCCUAUACGAAAAGUUUGUAAGGGAAAACAAUGAUGCCUUAACUCCAAAUGCAAGGAACCCAAAAGGAAAACAAAAAGAAAAAAAGAAAACUAAUUUAUAAGUGGAUUAUCAUUGUGUAAGAAUUAUGCAUUGUCAGCCUAU